UCCCCUUUCCCCUAAGUCGACCUCACUCGUAGUGGGAUUUUCCGGAUGGCCUCAUUUUCGCCUACCUUUCUACCUUAAACCUGCGCAUGGCGAUCGAUUGGGGGACCGUCACGUUGUCAUUUUGCCCCCCCCCUGCACCGCCCCCAUGUACUCUCGCUAUCGUACCCCUAAUCGUGGUGAAGACGUCCCGCUUGACAGGCUCCUGACGCGACGCGACUUUCCUUGGCGGCCGCAUAAUUUUCCAUCCAGACUUGUUUAUGAACAAGACAAUAUAUAUAUAUACACACUCAUAUACUCCGCUCGAACUGUCUUAGACACUCCCGCUUUCGCUAAAUAAUCUAUCAAACUGGCAUUGUUUUUUUUUUUUGCUCUCUAGUACCACAUUUCAUGAGCCCUCUCUCCUGUCGCAGACCGACAUUAGGUCUAGCAUACCCAUCUGUAUUCGAUCCGAUCCCUCGCCGGGGUGUUAUGAAUGCUGGACGCCACCUGUCUCACUUGUCUGCGGAAUUCUUAGGACCACCGUUCGGCCCUCUCCCUCGUGAGGGUGUGGCGCUGGUCGGGAAGGGGGUGGUAGGGUCGAGCCAUGAUGGACAUCAGUCUUGGGGACCUAGACAGUUUAUGGGCCCCUUCAAAUAACCCUUCGGCCGUCGAAGCAUGCAUAGCCCCCGAUGUAGACCAUCAGCCGGCACUCGAGCCGCCAAUCUCGUACUUGGACGACUGCCCCAUUUCUAGUAUCGAAGAGGCUACGUCGGUCGGCGCUCCGCAUGAGCCGUCGGCUUUUCGUGAAGAGCCAUUCGACUUGGAGGCCAUCACGCAUGCUUGCGAUCACGCGGCACCCUUCGAUGGCGUGGAAUUGCAGAUUCGCUCGGCAAACGGGGAGCGGUUGACUUCCAAGGACGAAGACUUCACACCUGAUCUGCACACGGCGAACACGGCCCAAGGGAAGCCAGUGGUAGUAGAGAUCCCUGUUUCAACCCUUAUUCAGCCGAGGUCACUCUACCAAGGGUUCGUUCCGCCUGCCACCCAAGUUCGGGAACGGGAGGCUAUAGCCGCGCUUCUCGAAGCCGCAGAGUCGCGGCAGCCCGCGCAGGAGGACCACAUCGAAUUCGACCUCGAAGACUUUUCCAUUUACGUCAAUUCGGAAUAUUAUCCUUACGAACUUCGGCCCUUGCAUCACCUGGCGGUUCGCCAGGCUUCUGACCGGUUUUAUUUCGACGGUGUAGUUGUCCACGGCGACGACAGAUUCUACCUCAACAGAAUCCCCUUUCGCCAGAUCCCCAUAGGCAAUUAUGGAAGCGAGGAGCACACGGUUGGCGAACAUAUCUGGAUACGUUCCGAACUCAACGAACGUGAAGGGACUGAACUCUACUACAAGCUCAGAUCCCCGUCGACAGAGUAUUCUCGGUUCUACGAACCGUUUCUCUGGAUUGCAGAUCUAGCCAAGCACGUCAUCGACUUCUGUGAUCACUUGAAGGACAGGGGCCAUCGUGCCGUCUUACACGACUUCCGGUCGCAUUUCGGCGUCUGGCUCCUGCAGACCCAUUCGCAAUCCGCCGCCUUUCAACGAUGGUAUGCAGCGAACCGCAGCGACGACUUUCGAGGCGCUCUCGUUGCCAAUAUUGAAUUCAUCUGGAAGGAAGCGAACGGCUUAGAUCCGGGAAAUGCCAGAUACCAUACGAUCUGGAAAGAAGCUAAGAGUUUAGACAUGUACCAGCCGAAUCUAACAUCAAGUCCUAAGGCACUUGUCCGGGAUGACGAGCUCGCCCAUGCUAAGCUCUCAAGGUAUCAAAACAGAGGCGAGGUGUCGCCGACGAUCGUGACUCCGUAUGCUUACGGUCUGUUCUCGCAUAUGGUCUUUGGGAACGUCCUCAAACGGGUCAAACCGUCUGCCGCAAUUCAUAAGAAGCAAGCUGCUUUUAUGCAAGGCAAGCGGCCUAUCCAGCAGAGUAGCCCACCUGCGGUGAAGCGGGACAGCCACGAUCGCGAUGCGCUCAUCGCCUCGAUACGAGCGGGGGAUGUGAUCUCGACGAAACCGGACGACAAGGAAACGGGCACGGAAUGGACACAGGGGAAAUCGAAACAUCAUCAAGGCCACUACGUAUGGUUCGGCUUAGUGCAGGAGGUUCAUAAGUCGCCAAGAGGAUCCCUGUCCUUUGACGUGAUAUGGCUGUACCAGUCAGUCGACACUCCUUGUGGCAUGAUGAAAUAUCCCUGGAAGAAUGAACUCUUCUUAUCCGACAAUUGCACAUGCCACCAUGAUACGGGAAGGGUGCAUGCGGAGCAAAUUCUCAAGACGCAUAGCGUAGAAUGGUUCGGGAGUCCAUCGACUAAGGCCGAAUUUUUCGUCCGUCAGACCUAUCUUGCCGACGACUGCCGGUGGACGUCUCUAAAGAAAGAGCACCUGACGUGUACAGGGCAGAAAUUUGGUGAAGAGCAAGCCUACCGCGUCGGCGAUGCCGUCCUUGUCGAAACCAAGCCGCGGGCUCUUCUGUUGGAGAACUUCAUCAUAGAAGCCUUCUUUGACGAAGACGAGAAACGCUACGUUAGGUUACGGAGACUCUUGCGACGGAAAGCGGUGGACAAGAGCGCACCCAACUCCCCCUCAAAUGAGCUCGUUUACACGGAUCAGUUCGUCGAGAUUUCUGCUAGGCGGAUCUUCCGGCGCUGCUUGGUUAGAGCGUUCCAACCGGGAGAGAAGAUUACAACUGCCUAUGACUGCGACGGAACCGGCAACGCUUUCUUCAUGACACAUCAGGAGGUUAUAAACGAGGACGGUGAAGUAAUCUACGCCCCUCUCGACAUCAGCCGCCUCCAUCAGCUGCGACAAGGAUUUGAUCCCUCUCGAGCGGAGCACCUGCAGAAACUGCAGGGGCUCGAUCUGUUCUGUGGGGGUGGGAACUUCGGGCGCGGCCUGGAAGACGGCGGUGCGAUCGAAAUGCGGUGGGCCAACGAUAUAUGGAGCAAGGCUAUACAUACGUACAUGGCGAAUUGCGAGCCAGGUGCCUGCACGCCAUUUCUAGGCUCGGUCGACGAUCUCCUCCUUCAUGCGAUGAAGGGCGACCACUCUAAGGUGCCGCAGCCGGGUGACGUGGACUUCAUUUCGGCCGGGUCGCCGUGCCCUGGAUUCUCUCUGCUCACGGUCGAUAAAACGACGGAUAAGCAACGAAAGAACCAGUCCCUCGUCGCGUCCUUCGCGUCCUUCGUCGAUUUAUACCGCCCGUCGUACGGGUUGCUGGAGAAUGUGCCGCAAAUGGUCAACACGAAGAAGGCCCGCGACGCGUGCGUGUUCUCCCAGCUGGUCUGCGCGCUGGUCGGCUUGGGCUACCAAACCCAAGUCAUGUUCCUCGACGCGUGGUCAUUUGGUGCGCCACAGUCCCGGAGUCGAGUGUUUCUCUGUUUCACCGCGCCAGGCUUCCGCAUGCCGAGAGUUCCAGCGCCUUCACACUCGCACCCGCCCGGCGUACGGUUUAAUAAGCUAGGCGAGAUGUCUUGCGGUCGGCCGUUUGAUAGCAGGGAACUCGUAUCCACCCCCUUCCAAUACGUCAGCAGCAGCGAAGCUACGGCGGACUUACCAAAUAUCCAGGACGGAAAGCCGGACUAUUGCGUCGGCUUUCCCGACCACCGAGUGUGUGUCGGUUUCACAUCCCUCCUACGGAACCAGAUAUGGCACAUCCCGACGCUUCCGUGGGGAUUGGGUUUUAGCAAAGCCUGGUACGGUCGGCCGGCUUUGCCCCGGUCAUUGAGCGAGAGCGACCGGCUUCUGUAUCCUCCGGAGCCCUCCAGUAGGGUGAAGAGACCGUCCAAGGGAUGGAGCCGCGUUCGCCCAGAUGGUCUGUUCAGCACCGUUUCCACGACAUGUGUACCGACGGACUCUCGCAUGGGCACCGUCAACCACUGGAGCCAGCAUCGGCCAAUCUCAGUCCUGGAAGCUAGGCGUGCGCAGGGCUUUCGCGACCACGAAGUGCUCGUCGGCGCGCCGCCUGUCCAGUGGCACAUCGUCGGCAACAGCGUGGCGAGGCAGGUUUCGAUCGCCCUCGGCCUGGCGAUCCGAGAGGCCUGGUUCGGGACUCUCCUGGACGAGCCGGCGGCCGCGCCGGAGACGAGGUCGGCGACCGAGGCCUUCUCGACGUCCGGCAGCGCCGUCGCCGCCGCAGAUGCCACGGCCGCGAUCCGCGUCGACUCGUCCAGCCCCGACACGUCGUCCGAGGACCGCGUCUUCGCCGCCACCGCCUACCCGUCCACCUCGCUGACGCCAGCGACGAGCGAGUCGGUCGGAGCCUCGGACUGCGAAGGCAGCCGGAAGCGACUGUUGGAGAUUUACGUCGAGGUCGCUGCCAAGAGGUCGCGGCCUAGCCCUGGACCCAACCUGGGGCUAGAAGGCGGCCGCUGAGGGAAACAGACCUUGGUCACGCUAGUCUCGCGAGCGCUGUCUUGUGAUAGCAUACCGCCCCCUGCGCCUCCUUGUGCCUCUCUGUCCACCCCCCUGUGCCUCCUGUCUGCCUCCCUCCGCCUCCCUUCGCCUCUCUACCUACCCCCUCUAUUUCUCAAUAUGUAUAUUUUCUUGGGAGCGAUGUCGUGUUUCUUGGUGACGUUAUCAGCCAGCAUCCUCUAGCGAACGUCGGAGAAGUGAUGAAGGGGUGGUAGCGGCGGGUAGUAUUAUGUGAUUACCGUGAAGUGGAAGUCGGUAAGCAGGCCGUGAGGUGUGGUCAUGGGCAUACCGUAUAUGCGAAUAAUUCGCCUGGGGGUGACGAUUUGCGUGGGGUGGUGAGAGCAUCUUUCCUAUGUUAGGCAUUAGCAUCUAUCGAGGACCCCAGGCGCCGUGGAGCGAUCAACAUAGAACGCCUGCGCCGGUUUGGGAUGUCCCCCACAGGCGCAGUAGCGGCUUGGAAGUAACUGUAGAUGGUUGUAGGCAUGGAUGUAUUCUAGUACCGUAUAAAAGAUAUAUACAUAUUGAAGUGGUCCGGAACAUGUCAUCGGCAUAGACGUAUGCACAAUCAUGGAGACUGCAGAAGCUUGCGGCGAUCUCUUUUGCUGGAUCUUGCCCUGCACGCG